AAUUAAUGUUGACGUGCUUUUGGGUUUUGGUGAAUAACCAAAAACCAGAUUGUACAAUGUAGCGAAUGUGAAGAGGGAAUGAGAAGCUCAAGGUUCAAGUGCCUCAAGUCUCAGAUCUGAACUUAUCUCGGACAAACGUCGACGGACCUUUUUACUUUUAUCAGCCAAGCAAGUUAAUUCGGUGUGAGGCAAAAAUUUUAUUAGUGAGAAGUUGCUACGUUUGUUCACAUGGAUAAGAAGUAGUCUGAAUUAAAAAUAUAAAGAUGGAACAGACGAUGAAUGUGUAACUUUUUCAGACUGAAAGGGCUGGACGACGGCGACGUAAGCCUCGUCCGUGCACUGGAGGAGGUGGAAUGCCUGAUUCCUCACAAGCUGUACGGCCACUUGAUCGGCAAAAACGGCUUCAGGGUGCAGAGCAUCAUUCGCAAGUUUGGCGUGCAAGUCAUUUUCCCGGAAGACAAGAGAAGCGAGAAAAUCCGAAUCAGGGGCAGGAAAAAGGGAAACUGCGAAAAGGCCAAGCAGGCGCUGCUCGAAGUGCUCGAACAGGUGGAGACCUUCAAGAUUGACAAGCCAUCAAAACACCGGGUACGCCGCAAGAAAGAAAAGCCCAAUGCUGUGCCCCUGGAAAACCGUGUGGACGACGUCCAGAAACUGCUCGAACUGGUUCCUGUCGUCGCUGUCAAGGUCGAUGUGCCUCAAAAGUACCACGAAUUCAUCAUGGGCAAGAAGGGUGGCAACGUGAAAGAGCUGACGGGGAAGCACCAUGUGCGCAUCGACUUUCCACCUCCUGAGCAACCACAGGACUUCAUCACGGUCACAGGAGCGCCAGCCUGCGUGUCCAAAGCUAAAAAGGAAAUUGAGAAGCAGGUCGAGGAGAAGAAGCUGCGUCCUUUUCAAGUCGAGAUUGAGAUCAACCCUGACUUCGUAGUAAACUUGACUGGUCUGAAAAGGUCAGCGAUCAAUAAAAUCAUCCGGGACCAGAAUGUGCAGAUCAUAUUCCCAAAGGAGGGUGAUGCUGAGAUGAACAUCAUCACGAUCAAUUCUAGCAGUGAAAAGACUGCGAAGGCGGCCAAGGAGGACGUUUUGAAAAUUGUCAGCAAGCUGAAAAAGGAGGAGCUGUUGAUGAACAAGAAAAUGUUCAAGAAGAUGAAAACGAAAGACAAGGAGAUUCGGAAUGUGAUGGAGGAGUACAAGGUUGACAUCAGGUUCUCAGAGAACACAGAUCCCCACCUGAAUCUUGUCACCAUGGUUGGCCCUGAGGACAACCUGGCCGUAGUCAAAGACAGCCUGCUCAACAAUAAACUUUUGGACUUGGCUAAAAAAGUGCCUAAAAUCAAACAAAAGGAGGAAGAUGGUUAUGUUUUGUUUAGUAGGAAUCGCAUGGAAGAGAAAGUUGAGAGGUUGGACGACAACAAUGAAAACCUCGAUUGUUUACUGGAGGAGGUGGAAUGCCAUAUUCCUCAUGACCUCUUCAGAGAAUUGAUGAACCGUCGGAAGUUCAAGAACAUCAUUUGCCAGUUUGGUGUGGAAGUCAUGUUCCCCACAGACGAGAAGAGCGACAAAGUCAUAAUCAGAGGACGGAAAAACUGUGAGAAGGCCAAGAAGGCGCUGCUUCUACUAUUGGAGACGGCCGUAAAAGUCUAUGUGCCUUGCAAGUACCACGGCUUCAUCAUCGGUAAGAAAGGCUCCAAUGUGAAUGAGCUGAAAGAGAAGCACCACGUGGACAUCAACUUCCCACACCCUGACCAGCAUCUGGACCACAUCACAAUCUCGGGACUGCCAGCCUACGUGGGCAAAGCCAAGCAGGAAAUCGAGGAACACUGGAAAAAGAUAGAAGAUAAGGAGCUGCGCUCUUUGCAACUCAAGAUUAAGGUUGAUCCCGAAUUUUAUGGACCGCUAAUCGGCAAAAAUGGAUCCGUGAUCAAGCAAAUAAUCUGGGACCGCAAUGUGCACAUCAAAUUCCCAAAGGAGGGUGAUACUGAAAAAAACAUCAUCACAAUCACUGGCUAUGAGGAGGAAGCCAAAGCGGCCAAGGAGGACAUUUUGAAAAUUGUCAGCCAGCUAGAAAAACAGAAAAAGGAGCAAAUGUUGAUCUCCAGAGAGUUCUGCCAGGAGUUGAGAGGCAAGAAGGGCAAAAUUGAUAUUCAGAAGUUGAUGCAGGAGUUUAAGGUUGACAUCAGAUUCUCGGACGCUGCUGAUCCCGACCAGAGUCUUGUCACCAUCAUUGGCGCCGAGGAAAACCCGGCCAAACUUAAAGAGUAUCUUCAAAACGAAGCAUUUUUUACUUCCUUGUCUAAAAAGGCACUAAAAAAGAAGGAGAAAAAGGUUAAAAGUUCAAAAAACACAACUGCCCUCGCACCCCUCAAAAACGUCGUGCAGAAAUUGCUUGAACCGGUUCCAGACAUUGCUGUCAAAGUCGAUGUGCCUCAAAAGUACCACGAAUUCAUCAUGGGCAAGAAGGGUGGCAACAUGAAAGAGCUGAUGAGGAAGCACAAUGUGCGAAUCGACAUUCCACCCGCCGAGCAACCACAGGACUUCAUCACAGUCACAGGAGCGCCAGCCUGUGUGUCGGAAGCUAAAAAGGAAAUUGAGAAGCAGAUCAAGGAGAAGGAGCUGCGCCCUUCUCAAACCAAGAUUGAGUUCGACCCAGACUUUCUUGGAUACUUGAAAAGUCUGCAAGGAUCUGUGAUCAGUCAAAUCAUCCGGGACCAUAGUGUGGAGAUGAAAUUACCAAAGGAGGUUGAUGCUGAGGUGAACAUCAUCACAAUCAAUUCUGGCAAUCAAAAGAGAGCGGAGGCAGCCAAGGAGGACAUUUUGAAAAUUGUCAGAAAGCUGAAAAAGAAGCAGGUGCAGAUGACCAAGAAAAAGUUCAGGGAGAUAAAAGUGAAAGACGAGGAGAUUCGGAAGUUGAUGCAGGAGUACAAGGUUGACAUUAGGUUCUCUGGGAGCGCUGCUUCCCUUGUCACCAUCGUUGGCCCAGAUGAUAACCUGGCCGUAAUCGAAAAGUGCCUGCUGGACUUAGCUAAAAAAGUGCCUGAACGUCUCAAGGAAGAGAAAAUUGAGGUUGUGGAUGACAACAACGAAAGCAUUGAUUGUUUACAGGAGGAGGUGGAAUGCCAUAUUCCUUAUGAGCUUUUCAGAGAAUUGAAAAAGCGCCCGAAGUUCAAGGACAUCGUUUGCCAGUUUGGUGUGGAAGUCAUGUUCCCCACUGACGAGAGAAGUGGCAUUGUCGUAGUCAGAGGGAGGAAAAACUGCGAGAAGGCCUUGCAGAAGCUGCUCGAACAGGUAGAGUCCGUGAAGGUUUCCGUGCCAUCUGAACACCAGAAGGGAUGCAAUGUGCGUCGGAAAGAAACGCUCAAUGCUGCGCCCCUGGAAAACCGAGCGGACGACGUCCAGAAACUGCUCAAACUGGCUCCCGUUGUUGCUGUCAAAGUCAACGUGCCCCAAAAGUACCACGAAUUCAUCAUGGGCAAUAAGAGUGGCAACAUGAAAGAGCUGAUGAGGAAGCACAAUGUGCGAAUCGACAUUCCACCAGCCGAGCAACAACUGGACUUCAUCACAGUCACAGGAAUGCCAGCCUGCGUGUCGGGAGCUAACAAGGAAAUUGAGAAGCAGAUUGAGGAGAAGGAGCUGCGCCCUUUUCAAAUCGAGCUUGAGAUCAACCCUGACGUCCCUGACCCUGACUUCUUAGAAAACUUGACUGGUCUGCAAAGUUCUGCGAUCAAUAAAAUCAUCCGGGACUAUGAUGUGCAGAUCAAAUUCGCAAAGGAGGGUGAUGCUGAGAUGAAUAUCAUCACAAUCAAUUCUUCCAACCAAAAGACAGCUGAGGCAGCAAGGGAGGACAUUUUGAAAAUGGUCAGAAAGCUGAAAAAGAAGCAUGUGUUGAUGACCGAGAAAAUGUUCAGGAAGAUGAAAGACGAGCAGGACAGCAUUCAGAAGGUGAUGCAGGAGUACAAGGUUGACAUUAGGUUUGCUGGUUCGCUUGUCUCCAUCGUUGGCCCCGAGGACAACCUGGCCGUAGUCAAAGAGAGCCUGCUCAACAAUACACUUUUGGCCUUGGCUAAAAAAUUGCCUAAAAUCAAACAACUCAAGAUUGAGGUCGACCCCGACUCCCUAGGAAACUUGAUAGGCCCUCAAAGAUCUGUAAUCAAUCAGAUCAUCUGGGACCACGAUGUGCAGAUCAAAUUCCCAAUGGAGGGUGAUGCUGAGAAAAACAUCAUCACAAUCACUGGCUGUGAGGAACAAGCCAAAGCGGCCAAGGAGGAUAUUUUGCAAAUUAUCAGCAAGCAGGAAGAACAGAAAAAGGAGCAAAUGUUGAUCUCUACUGACAACGAGUUGUGCAAGGAGUUGAGAGGCAAGAAGGGCAAAAUUGAUAUUCAGAAGUUGAUGCACGAGUCCAAGGUUGACAUCAGAUUCUCAGACGCCGCAGAUCCCGGCCAGAGUCUUGUCACCAUCAUUGGCGUUGAGGAAAACCUGGCCAAAGUCUAAGAGUACCUUGAGAAUCAAGCAUUUUUGUCUUCCUUGUCUAAAAAGAUGCAGGAAAAAGGUUAAAAGUUCAAAAAACGCAUUUUGCCCUCACUAACGAGGGUGGUGCUGAUUAGUUACAAAUGCUGAGAUAAAUUAAUGGAGACUAAUACAAAGAAACAAUUUGACUGAAAAUUAUAGUAGGAAAAAUAAUGUGAUUUAUGUAGAUUGGCAUUUAAUUAAUCUUUGCUGGAAUCACAUUCGUGCCUUUAUAAUUAAUUGUGAUCUUUGAAUCAACAUAUAUGUGAAAAUUCUUGUCACUAUAUAGACUACAUUCUUGGUAUAAACAAAAUUUGAUGGAUCAAAUAUUA